UCUGUUGUUUCGGUUCGCAUUGAUCUCGUUGUGUGCUUAAGAGUUGUUGUACCUGUCCAUUGGAAGUUGCAAAAGAGAGUUUUGCGUGAUUGAUUAUCAUUAAGUUUCGUACAGGUGAACUGUGUUAAGGAGCUUUAUCGAUAUUUUUUCUCAGUUUCUUCUGGUAAAUACUCUAUGAAACUUAUUAGAAUGUUAGUUAAAAAUUGGUGAUUGUUAACAAGAAUAAUUAAAGGACACCUUGACUUUGACGGAAGAUAUGCGAACGGUUAAGCAAGUGUACGAUUAUGAAAGCUAUUCAUGCACCAAGUUCACGCCGUACGAUUGAAACAGUAUGUCGAAUCCAUGAUCUACAACGGCCAGCUUCAAAGCGACAAGUCAUGAACAAAAUUACGCAUGAAUUUGAGUGUACUGAAGGUUCAUUUGUGAAGUCCAAACCUGGAAGCGAGAAACAAACUUCAAGAUCAGAUAUGAAUGGGUUUACGAGAGUUAAAGCAAGUCAAUCACCACAUAAACACCAAGGAGUUAAAGGAACGUAUUUGAUAAAACCUCAACCCUCCAAGUGGGGACCGGGAAAAACUUCUUCUCAACCACAUCGUAGAAAAUCAAUAGACUGCACAUACCAGAUAUUACAAUUGACCGGUAACUCAACGACGAGAACGACCUUUGAAAGUUCUGUGCGCCCUCCAGAUGCGGGAGAUGGUUUGUUUCCUCCCCUGACAAACAAUAAAAAUCUUCCGGAAGUUCGACCCCCUUUAAACAACAAUCGAUUGAGUGUUAAUGUCCGAGAAAGAAGACUAAGCGAUGGUAAUACAUCGUCUGUAUGCUGGACACGCCAUGAGAGACAACAAUCUCCUCUAUAUCGGAACCGUCAAACUACUUCGAGGAAUCGACGUGAUAGGUCUGCUAGUAUUGACUGUGGUUAUUUUGAAUCUAGCCUCCUUUUAAAUGGUGCUUCCAAUACUGGACGGAAAUCUCCGGUCCAACCGACACGUCACAAAUACGUCAUGGAAUCAUCGAUAAAAAAAGCUGGACAAAAUGUUGAACAAAACCAUGCUGUCACUAAUAAUGCUGAAAAUAGACAAAAUGUUUCUUCUUCCCGCGAUUUGGUGCAGCCGAGAUUGACAGAAGCGAGAUUCGCGUCAUCGAAACUUCGAGCGGCAAGUGUUUGUUCGCCCACCAGCGCCGAAAGUGGUGACAAGGUUUCCGAGCGUUUAAAAUUUGUGGCAAAACGACGUCGCUCUGUGCCCAUUAUCCAAGAGAUCGCCCACGCGAGCGAAGUGAAUCAAAGCCCGGAAUUUUAUCAAGCUUACCGAGAAAUGAAGGCAAAAUUUACAAACAAAAACAGCUUAAGAAAUUUACCCGUUUCCAAAACUCCAUCUCUUCGUUCUACGUCAUCAAUCAGUUCGGUAAAAGACGUGACGUCAGUGAGGUUGGGUCGAAUCGAGGAAAUUCCUCCAGAAGUUCAAGAGGAUGAUGUUCGUCUCCGUGAAAAUGCAGACGAGGUAGAGAAAGACCAACAAACGCUUCGAAAUACUAGUUGCCAAUCGACGAACAUGUCGAAUAUUGCUUAUGUUGAGGUAACAAGCGAGAAGAAGGUUUCGGACACGGCACGUCGAAAGACGUUUGAGAUUCCGGAACUCAAAUACGAGAACGCCGAUUCAAGAUCUCGAAGCAGCGAAGACGAUGUACCGAAUAAUGAGGAUUGUGUACAACGCGCUGCAAGUACCGUGACUGGACAAUCGAAUACUGAUCCGAACAACUACUUUGAGUUGUUUGACGACGAUGAUGACGUCAUCGAGGUAGAACUUUUAGACAUCCCCGAUGACAAUUUGUCAGAUGAAGAUUUAUUACGUAAGAGAAUUAUUAUCUGGUUACGUGACGCACAGACUGGUAACACAGCGGAACAGAGGGUUCGUGACGUAACACCGCCACCUUCUCCAGAUCCGAACCGACAGACAGCAAUUGUUGUCGUUUAUGGGGAAAACAGUGGGGAUAAAUAAAUGUUACACAUAUUCGUGUUUACAUUCGUAAAUAGUGAGUGUGAAGAAAAAAAAAUUUUUUUCUUCUAAUAUUAUUAAUGUGCAAAUACCCGGUUCCCCACUAAAGAAAGUUAUAUAUAGUAAUGUGGGGUAAGAUGGGACACCUUUAGCACAUAUAAUAUCCAAAUAUCCUGAUCUUGAUUUAAACAGUUAACAACAGCCUGUAGGGGUCGUGAGGAUGCGGUUUUACAAGUAUUCGAAAGGGGGGUGGUUUCUUUCAGAUGGGACGAGAAAAUGGAAUGAAAAGGUGUCUUAUCUUCCCUCACCCUACUAUAUUUUAUAAAAUAUACCAAGUUCCAUUUACGUAAACUAGCCAAUGUUUCCCACCAGUUCCUUUAAAUUUCUUAAUAAUAUAUUUUUAGUACACUUAUACUAAAUUAAUGUAUUUUAAAAUGUUUAUGUUUUUUAUGUAGUCAGUGUUUAAGGGUAUGUUGCUGGUGUGACGUCAUCAGAAGUUCCAUGUUUUUGUUUUUUUUACAGUCACUCCACUGACUCUAAAUACGUAUUUCUAUUUAUUCCUUGACUACAACCGAAAGAGAGAAAGUCUCUUUUUAUUUCACUUCAUGCUGUGGGUGAACACACCGGUAAUUGGUAUACUAACUGGGUUUGUUCUGUAACCCUGAUCGUUUACCCAUGUAGUUGGACGUUUCUCUUUACGUGAUAGCGAUGGCAAUUGAUGGACUUUAAAUAGGGUAUUUGGUGUAAUAAUAAAACUGAACCCACCUA